UUAUUAUUUAACUACACUGAUCUCAGUUAACCAUACCUCGAAAAUUUAGCAACGACGUACUACCAUUUAUCCUCAUCAUAUAUUCUCUGCUGGAAUGGCAAGUCUUCAAUUGGCCAGGAUGAUGAUCUUUUUCAUCCGACCAUUAUCGUUGGCAGGCGAGUCGGGAGAUGAUCCACUUGGCGUGAUGCUUCCACUCCGGAGGCCGCGGACGCCGGUGAAGAUGGCCGCUCGCCGUACUCAGAAUCUGAUUAACUCAUCUCAACGUGGAACAGAACUGCUGCAGGUGAUCCCUAAUAGCUCUGUAUUAGUAGCUUAUAACUGUCGGAAUCUGCUUCGUCAAUUUCAAGAUGAAUCAGAGCCCAGACGAUACGGGCGGUGAGGAUCAAACGACAGCACCAUCCUGGCGUGCGUGCGAUAACUGUCGUGCCAGAAAGAUCAAAUGCGAUAAACGAUCGCCGUGUUCCAAUUGCCGCGUAUCCAACGCAAUAUGCCGGACGGCAAAGAAGCCAAGGGAGCAGCGGCAGCGCAUCCUAAUUUCUAGUCAAUAUGAAACGAAGAUUGCCCUGAUAGAGGACCGCCUGUCAAGGAUCGAAGGUCUGCUUCAGGAUCUUGCUGCAAACUCGAAUGUAGCGACUCUUCCAACAAGGAUUCGGGCGGACGUGAAUCCAUCAGGUACCGUGCAGCAGAGUCCUCUGCCCUCAGUGGCUCAACCACCGUCGGAACCUGAUAUGACGACCGCGAACAAGACCUUUGAAGGCGAGUCCUCGUUCAGGGCGCACUUCGUCCAUGCCAGCAAACUCUUCGAACGUGCCAUGAGCGUGGAUAAUCUCGUGGGUCGUAGCCCUGAAAUGCAGGAGGCCAUCUCGAAUCUGCGCAGCCUAGUUGAGAAGCAGAAUACCCUAUCAGUGCAUCAUGAUUUGCGGUUCCCCGGACAGAAAGCAGCUCCUGCGCUUGACUUCUCCUCGGUCAAAAUGCCUCCAAUGGCUUCGGUGGUAUCGUUAUUGAGACUCUGUAAAGAAACGAUGUCGAGCAAUUUUCUGGAGCUACCAUUUCUGGACUAUAUGAAAUUCGAUGAUAUGUGCAAGAAGGUCUAUUUUGCGACUGAGGACUAUUCCAUGGCCCUUUUCACUCUGGUGAAUGGCGGCCUUUACUACCUUUUCUCCGAGGUCUGCAUGUUGCGGGGGCAAAACAGCGCUGAGUUCAAAGAAUGUGCGGCGAUAUGCCGUUCCAAUUUUGAGUACACGAUUGGAAAAUUUGAUGUUCUCACAGCACCUACGCUAGAGAAUAUCCAAGCUUUGUGUCUUGGAGCAUUCUACUCUAUCGAUAUUUCAAGACCAUCAUUAUGCUGGGCUCUAGCGUCCAACGCGGCAAGAUUGUGCCAGAUACUGGGGUACCACCGAUCCGUUGCAACACCAGGAGACACUCAGUCAGAUAUCGAACUGAAGAAAAAGAUGUUCUGGUUUGUCUAUGUGCUGGACAAGAGUCUGUCCUUGAGAUUGGGCAGGUCAUCUACACUCCAGGACUACGACAUCACGCUUGAGCGGCCAGGACAGUCUUCAGAUGUCGGCCUUCGCGCAUGGGACAUGGUGUAUAACUUCUGGAUAGAUCUGGCACGUUUUAACGGACGCGUCUAUGAACAGCUCUAUUCCGCACGAGCUUUGUCAGACUCCGAGGCAGAUCGCGUUCAACGGGCGAAGGACAUCAUACGGGAUAUGCAGUGUUGGUAUCAAGGGAUACUAGAUACCGAUCACAAGGCCGUCUAUAGCCCGUACUAUUUCGAAGCGACAACAUCUGCUUGCGCGAUCGUGUAUUAUUCCGUCUUGACACUGGUUUACCGCACUAUCCCACCAGAUCCUUCGGACCAUUCGGCCAUCUUCAGCAACGACUGUAUCGAGACCGCUCGAGCCACUCUAAGGGCCCACUACCAGAACUCAUCUAGAUACAAAGAGAGCAACAACUACAUCUGGAAUGGUUAUAUUAGCUGGACUUUAAUGCAUUGCCCAUUCACACCAUUUCUGGUUGUGUUCUGUCAGGCGAUAGCCGUUGCUGACCUGUCCGACCUUAAGCUUCUUGGAGAAUUCGUUUCCUCUCUACAACCUGUAUCAGAGGUCUCCGAAGCUACAGAGAAGCUAUAUCGUCUUUGUCAGGUCUUCCAUCGCGUCGCUAAUUUAUAUAUCGACGCCAAGAUCAAACGCAGCUCAAAUGUGCACAUUCAGCAAGAUGCAUCCGUUAGCGGCACCAACGCCAUGUACCCGGUGAACGACUUCGACCCCUAUCUCAGUGCCUUGGGCUUCACGUCAGCGGGGGCAAUAUCAUCUGUCCCCAGCAGCGGUAUUUCGGCAGGAGAGAUGCCCCCUUCAGAAUAUGACGGAAUGACCGCGUCCGGUUCCUUGGGAGAUUGGUUUGCAGGCAACCUGAACAUCAUGGCGCUUCUAGAAGCCGAUCUCUCGAAUAUCAACACCAUCAAUAUGUAGAACUUGCUGGACAAGGGAGAUUCGAGGGAAUUGAUGGGUUUCUGUCAUGUUUAACACUUGACGACGUGCUGGCUGGCUGUGUUUGUGUGACGGUCAUAGGAUUAGAAAAAGAACCCCGCAUUGUGUGAGGCUGGAUUACCACCAAUUCAAGCAGUGGGAACUUGCGAUUUUCUGUUAGAGCACAUUCAACCCAUCCGCUACGGGCAGUUAGGAUGUAUUGUAGACGCUUCAUGCAUCAUCAAUCAAUAGGUUGCGGUGCAUUUGUAAUAUUCUGCUCCUGGGUCUGUGAAUACUUAUCGCGGGGUACAACUUACCGCCCAAUUUCCCCCUCUAUCUCACUAGAGCCUU